AUGGCUUCAACUCCUUCAAGUAUUUAUGCUGAGGAAAAGCAAAGUGAGUCAAGUAAGUAACGACAAUUAACGAUUAUUGAAAGUGCUGAAUAUUUGUAAUUGUGCUAUUUAUUUAAAAUGGGUUUUAAAUUAAUGGUUUUAUAUGCCCCUGUAUAUUAAUAUUUUAAUAUAAGAAUAGACGAAUAGUUCCAUGAUUUACGUAUAUUUAUUAUAUAAUGAAUAUUGAAUAGUACACAAUUUAUGAUCAUGUUUAUCAAUAUUAAUGAAUGAAUAUUCAAUAACUCAUUAAUUCCAGUCUUAUAAAUGAAUAAUGACAGCCUUGUGAUUCAAGUUUGUGUUGGACUGUAUUUAUUACUCUUUCAUAUUAAUAAUAAUGAUAUGCCAUAUGACACUAUAUUACAAUUGCCAGGCGAACACUUGCAAAAUAUUAACAUACAAUAUUAUUAUUGCGAAGUUUUACAGUGUAUAAUUAAACUAUUGUUAUGAAGUUGUGGCACUGGCAACAUUUCUUUUAAUAUACUGCUUUUAUAGUUUGUGUCUCUUGUGAGAAUGAAUAUUCAGGAAGUCAUUGUUGUUAUUCCUGCACAAAACCCUGCCACAGCUUCGAGCCGUGUAGCAUUCCAGGGCCAGAGGAGGGUUAUGGGGCUAUGGUACUGUGUUCCAAAUGCCAAGGUAUUUAUUGUAAAUCAGUUUUUUACAUAGUAUUACAUCAGUUUAAUUACUGUUGCUGAUUGGCCCAAUUGUAAUUGUCAAAAAAUAUUCAUUUCAAUUAAGGUGAAAAAACAGCUACGAAAAGGCAAACUGGUAUUGCAAAUUUUUUCCAAAAAGUUGAAUCAAACCCCAAGAGAUCUCUGUCACCUUCAUUAGCACCUGGUGUAACUGGGAAAAAGUUACGAACAAAACUUGAUUUGCAGCCACCAUCGAAGUUGCCUUGUGUUUGUAUGACUUGUUUCAAGUACGUUAUUUGAUCAAAGUUUCAAAAAUCAUCCUCUAAGAUAGUAUUAACUCUUUUCUGCUCGCAACUCGAUUAACAUAUCAGACCAUAUCAUUCUGUAAUAUUUACCGAAUAAGUGAUGUGUCUGAGUGAAUGAGUGAUGCUUUCACAGAAGGGAUGCCAAUUUUAGAAACAAUUUUAAAAAUGUCUAUACAAUUAUUGACAAAGGGAUUUGGUAGCAACCCACAAUUGUUGUUUAUAUACAAUUAGAUGAAACAGGAUUUUUAUAUGAAUUGUGAAUUCAAAGUACAUUUUUAGUACAACUCUUUAACCCUUUUAGUGGCAUUGUGCAUUGCAUUCAUAUGACAGUUUUUUAAUCUGUAUAAUGUCAGACGAUUUUACUUUUGCAAGAAAAUUGCUUGCACCAAUGAUUUAAAGAAAUAUCACAUCAAUAAAUGUUAGGGUUUUGUAUAAUCAGAUGUAAAAAUUUGAAUAUAUUGAUUUUCCAAAAAAAAUCAGAACUGCAAACAACUGCCUGCAGCUUUGUUUCCAUGAACCUUUCAAUUCCCUCAAGUCUACCUCAACUUGCUUUCAUGUUUUUAGCAAUAUUAAACCAAACUUCUUUUUCAGUGCUGAUAAAUCCAUGUCCCCUUAUAACUAUUAUCUUUGUCGAAGUGAUAAGCAAACAAAAGAAAGGCAUCUUUCAAAAGCACAUAGUGGGAUAAAAACACAUCUUGUCCAAUUUGUUGAUGCUACUGCUCCACUUGCUUCAGAAGCCUUAAAUGCUUACAAAAGUAUUUGCCUGAAAAAAUUGGAAAUCACAAAGGAAACAAUUAAUUCCAGUCAAAGUGAAGAUGGUCUUUUGUCACCAACUCAUCAAAGCUUAGACAAAACAUUGUCAAUUGGCCAUAGUAACCUAGAAGAAAAGAUGGAUGUGGUAGUUUCUAUAUUGAAAGAUUUAUCCACCAAAAUUGACCAGCAAAAAGUUCCUUCGGCUACAAGUACUGCAUCUGAUAUGUCAAUUCUGGUUAAUGAACUCACCACAGAUAAAUAUAUGCAAAGCAGCAUUUCUUGUGUGAACUGGAGUAAGAUAGAGAAUAUAAUCCAAUUGACUGAAAAAAUCAAGAGUGUCAGAUUCUUUGCCGGUGCGGAAAGUUUCCAGAAAGGAUGUGUCAGGUGUCAACUGUGUUUUGAAUACCUUUCCUCACGAGACAACCAUUUGAAAAGACACGAUCCGAUUAGAAUUGAAGAGGAUGGGCAUUCUGUUGCAUCACAUAUAAAGAAGUAAAGUUAUAUUACACAUGAUUGUAUUAUAUAGGCCUACUGCAAAUUGUAUAUAUUUUUAUUAUGCUGGAUAAUACAACUAUCAUAAUUAUAAUAUCAAUUCAGUUUCUAACUUUUUAAUUAUCAAAGUGUCAUAUAAACUUCCAGUUUUGUGAAUUAAUAUUAAUUUCAUCAAUGGUUAUAUGAAUCAAGUGUUGGGUUUAUGGGUAUAUAUCAUUGAUUUAAUUAAUAUUUUAAUUGGUCAUGGUCAACGGUUCAAAUAUCUUUUUGCAGAUAUGGUAAUAAUAUAUCUAGUGGUUUAUUCCUUGAAAGUGCCGAAGAUGUUGGUAAGAUUAUCGAAGGCAAAAAUGACUGUUGGUACCGCUUGAAGAAUCGGAUAAAGAACCACCUACACUGCACUGGUGACAAUGCAAAAACGCACCUUGAAGCCCUUAAGGUAAGAUUACAUAAACUUUAAAGUAGCUACUGUAUAUUAAGGAAAGUUUUUUUUAAAAAAAUGAAAUUAGUUAAAUUAAGAUGAGGAAAUUGAUAAUUACUACUGUCGUCGAUAAAUAUACAUACUGAUGGUGGUUUUCCCCCGCUUUUCUUAGAGAUUUGUAAGCAAAUUUCAGUUGUACCUUCAGUGAUAGUUGUUAAUUUUAUUAUAAGGCAGAGCACUCAAAUAACAAAUUGGCCAAAAGGGGUUCAAACGUAUCAAAGAAUUUAGUGAGAGUGGCGCUGUCUGUUGUUGAGUCCAAGUCUGCUGCAAUCCACUUUGAAACGCAAGUGGCAGCUCACAUUGCGACCGGCUCAGAUAUGGGAGAUAUUGGACAUAGCUACAAACAAUUCAACGAGAUUCUCAAAGCAGCUGAAGUAUAUAUCGACAAAGAAAUCGAAAAGUAUCUGCUUACACCUCUCUCAAACACAUUACUACCACCACAUUUCUGUGGGUUGGCAGACAAGUCAACUAUCCAUCGUAUUACUAAUCAAGGAGUAAUUAUUGCUAGCAUGUUGAAUGGCAUAAAGACGGCAAUUCUUGUCCAGGCUCCAGCAGUAUACCACGCAUUUGACAACGGCCAAGAUGAUUCAGGAGGUGUGACUGGUGCCUGUGCCGCAGAAUUAGCCGAGAGCAUGUUUACGACCAUUACAACUGCUUAUCCUGGUAUGAUCAACAUAAUAGGAACUUUCUGGCAGGGGACGGUGUUAGACGGCCAAUAUCAGCCGAAAGGUUUUGCUAAUAAGCUUUGGGAUCUUCUCGAAAAAUCACAAUGCACGUUCACAGAUGUAAUAUGGGAUCCACCUCAUUGGGUGAAUCUAGCCGCAGAAGAUGUACUUGAAGGGAAAAUUGGUCAUUCAAAAGAAUUUUUGAAACGGCUAAUCACUAGAAGCGCAACUAUUCACCAAAUAUUUCAAAGGCGAAAAAAUUUGGCUCAGGCCAAAACUCAAGCAGAGACUAUGAAUUGCAAGCUUCAGUUAACAAGCCGCACCUGUGCAACGCGUUUCGCGACGUCGCAGAUUCAUGAGUUUCGAAAACUUAUCUCUUCAGCUCAUGUGUAUAUGGCAACGUACGAGGAAUUCCAUAAAAAUGAUCCCAAAUUCGAGUUGAAGACGUGGGAGAUCUGUGGACAGGAUUUCGUUGCAGAUAUGUGUGGGUGCGUUGACGUUUUCUUGCCAUUGAUUACCUUUCUUGUUCAGUUACAAGGUCUCAGUGUUCCUAUUUGGAAAGCCUCAGUGUGGGUUCCCAAAGUCACGGCAGACUUAGAUGAAUUGGUGAAACUACGUGUAAAUUUUCCCCCUGCAAGCUGUUUCCAUCUGGCCUCUAAUAUUAGUGAUAUUAAGAAGAAAACCUUUCAUGGGCAAAAAUUAGUAGACGGCUGGUUGAUAGUCGGAAUCGAAGCUAAUUCCUCCGGAGAAGGUCAGAAAUUCUAACAUGGAAGAUGCGACAACUCCAUGACGUCGAACGAGAUCUUCGGAAUCUUGCUAAGGACUUGUCCAUCUCUUUGACAAGUCGUUUCGAGAAAUGCGCAUCGAAUUUGCAAUCUAUACUUGCUUGCAUAGAUAUUCAUUGCAUUGUAAAUCUCUUGGUUGGUGUUCGAAAGGUCAGUGGCUACCCAUCUCUAUUGAAAGAAGAAGAGUUUGUUGAAUUUGGUAGAAAAGAUUUCAAACAAUUUUUCAAGUAUAUUUGCUCCUUACAACACGUGAAGGAGCUAGCUGAGAACCAUUUUACUGAAUUGAAACUAAAGUGUGUCUACAGCGACGAGAUCCUGACUAACUUAAAAAACACUUUGAAGAUUAUCCUGUGGACACCCAACCAUGUCCAUAUACUUUCCCGAUGGCUUAAGUUUAUUACCACGACAAAUAAUGGUCAGGUGUGUUAA